AUGGAGGGCGGCGGGGGGAGCGGCAACAAGACCACCGGCGGGCUGGCCGGCUUCUUCGGGGCCGGCGGAGCUGGCUACUCGCACGCGGAUUUGGCCGGAGUCCCGCUGACUGGUAUGAGUCCUCUAUCUCCCUAUUUAAGUGUGGAUCCACGGUAUCUUGUGCAGGAUACAGAUGAAUUUAUUUUACCCACUGGAGCUAAUAAAACCCGGGGCAGGUUUGAACUGGCCUUCUUUACCAUUGGAGGAUGUUGUAUGACAGGGGCUGCAUUUGGGGCAAUGAACGGUCUACGGCUAGGAUUGAAAGAAACCCAGAACAUGGCCUGGUCCAAACCAAGAAAUGUACAGGUUUUGAACAUGGUGACCAGGCAAGGGGCACUUUGGGCUAAUACUCUAGGUUCUCUGGCUUUGCUUUAUAGUGCGUUUGGUGUCAUCAUUGAGAAAACACGAGGUGCAGAAGAUGACCUCAAUACAGUAGCAGCUGGAACUAUGACGGGCAUGUUGUAUAAAUGUACAGGUGGUCUUCGAGGGGUAGCACGAGGUGGUCUAGCAGGACUGACACUCACUAGCCUCUAUGCACUAUAUAACAACUGGGAGCACAUGAAGGGCUCCUUGCUGCAACAGUCACUCUGA